AUGCACAUACCAGAAGACGUUGCUGUACAGGGGGCUCAGGUCCUAAGUACCGAUAUAUUAAGUGCUAUAGAAGUACAAGUCGCUGAACUGACCCAUGGAAUAACUGAAAUGUGCCAGCAAUUGCGGUAUUUCAUGCAACAACAAGCUAAGUGCAGAGGAGGGACAGACUGGAGCAUCGAUGAAGUACAAUACAGAGAUGUGGACCUUCAUCCUGUUGUCCAGAAUCAAAUUGACAUUGUUGCCACACCAGCUACAGAACCAGAGCCUGAAGUCAGUGCAAGAAAAGUUAUGGGAAAAGUAAUUUGGUUUAGUUUGCGAUAUGGCUAUGGCUUCAUAAAUCGGGAUGACACCAAGAAAGAUGUGUUUGUACAUUACACUGUCAUUAAGAAGAACAAACCCAGAAACUACCUCCGCAGCCUGCGAAAUGGAGAGAUUGUUGAAUUCGAUGUGAUAAAGGGGGAAAAAGGUGUGGAAGCUGCCAAUGUGACAGGUCCUGGCGGUGUUCCAGUUCAAGGCAGCAGAUAUGCAGCAGAUCACAAGCGUUAUUGGCUCUAUACACAUCGCAGAGGUUUUCCACGUAAACAUCAGCAAAAUUACCAAUCCCGCAAAGAUGAAGAGGAGUCUGAAGAGAUGGAAAGUGUGACAGAAAGUACAAGUCAACAACAGUCUAAUCAGAUGAGUAGCUACCCACCAUACCAUUUAAAGAGACCAUAUGAAUGCAUACAACUAUAUCCUGAUAGUCAAGUGAAAAGUGAACUAUUAGGAAGAACAGACAACCAAAAUGUGGCAGUAUUGAAUGGAUGUAUGCAACAUGAUCUAGAAGACCCGGCUCAGUGUGGACCUAGAAUGGAUAACUUCUAUUCCAGUAUGGCCUAUUCCAAUCAUACAAGUUUAAGUGCUGCUGAACGGGAAAGAGAUGCUGAAGAAGUGAUUCAUGCGGCCAAGGCAGAAGGAUUGGGACCCCCUAAACACAGUUGCCCAGAUUCAAGUAUAUCAAAGUCUGAUUCUAGUGUAGUUAAAUCCCCUAGUGUAGUUAAAGAGGCCGUGACAUAUCUUUUUCCAGAGUGGCAUCGCUCAGACUACAAAUAUACCACGAUAAGCUCUAGAGAGGUAGCAUCAAUAUUGCAACAGGCAUCGAGCAAGUCAGGAAAGAGGAACAAAGGUGAUACAUUUUGUAAUUAAUCAUACUACUUGUAGAUAGUUCAUAAGAAAAAUGUAACAAACAGAAAUGUUUAUGCCACUGUUACAGUAUAGCAAGGACUAGACUUUCCUGGUAAUUGUAACUAACUGUGAUCUAUUUUGUCAUUGAAGAAUAUAUUUAAAGUAAAUGCUAUGAUACAGAUGUUGAAUUGAUAUGUUCAUGAAAAAGUUGGAAGUAUAAUAUGCGUGGGGACACGCAUAAUUUUAGCAGACGUGUAUGUGGCACCCCACUAAGAGUACCAUCAGUUUGUGUGUAUUUAUGUAAAGCAAUAGUGUACAAUGUGUCCUGUACUGCAUGCUUAAUUUGUAUUGGUGACAGUGGGUAGUAUCAGCAUCACAUGGUCCCUAGCAGCAGUGGAGGCUCAUGGGACAGAAGGAGAUAAAAGAGGCUGCACUGACAGUUAGUGGCAGUUGGUCCUCAGUGCAGGGGAGCAGAGCUGCGCUGCAAGGUUUCCCCGGUGACCUAUGGUGCUGGACCUGUGGUUGUUUGUGCUGAAACUGGCAGUGGGGUUUCCGGUGAUACCCCUGGUGUCUAUCGUGUCCUAGCAGGUGUAGUCAUGCCAGGAAGUAGACCAGGAGGCAGCAGCAGCAGGCCAGCAAGAGAGCUGGGUGGUGAUACAUAUACCUGCUAAGAGUUGAGGCAGUACAGAGGCGGUCCUGCCCCGGAGAUGGACACUUAAUUAAUGGCGCUCUGAGGAUAAGACCCUUCUCCUCAGCAAAUCAGUGGUUAAAUCAGCAGCCAUUCGGAGGCAGCCAGAGAGACUGGCCAUUGUGACUGGUACCAGAGAAAAGGUCUGUGAUAAAACACCUUGCACCACCCUGUAUCAUCACUUACACUGCAACUGUAGCACUGAUAAAGUCCCAGUUUACAGGAUUUUUACGCUAUACAGCCACUACAUCUUAACAGCAUAGUUGGAGCAGUUACAGGCAAGGAGCUACAAAGUAUCAAAUGUAAAGACUGUGUAAGUGAGACUACAGAUUAGAGACAGUCAAUGAGAAUCUGAGCAGAACCACAACCAUCCUGCACCCAUACUACUUUCGGGUGUCACAUUUGGCGUCACUAAGAACAGGAUCUGAACACAUGACGUUGUCUGAUCAGCAAGCUGUUGGGGAUUCAUCAAGCACGUGUCCAGCUAUGGCUAGCAUAAACCGGAUUAACCUGCCCUAUUACUUUGAGGCCCCAUGGCUUCCAACAUAUAGUGGAGAUGAUCUAGAUUCUGACGGCAACUGUCUGAGAGAUUUUAAGAACAAAAUUAAGUCUGUGUUCAGCUUGUACCUACUAUCAGAGCCACAGCAAGUGGAGAUUCUAAUUGGGCAGUUGAAAGAUACGGCCUCGAGAGAGGUGAUUUCAUGGCCAGCGGAUCAAAGGAGAACAGUAGGCCCAGUGCCAGAUUAAGGUCCACAUGGGCCUGGAGCUGAAAUUUAUGAAGGGCCUAAUUUGUGAGCCACUGUAGUGGAUGUGAUCAGUGCUGCAGGGGUGUUACUAGUGAUAUAGGGGUUGUGACCAAUGUUGUGGAGGUAUGGUCGGCAUAGGGGGUGCAGUGUGUGCUGUAGGGUGUGACUAUAACCUGCCUUCAAAAGCCUCUAUCCCCCCAAUUUGUCCAUUCUGUAUUAUGUGGAAAUUGCAGUUUCAGCUUAUUUUAAGAUAUGCUUUCAUAUAUUUUAUCUCCUGUAUGUUUGUUACCUGCAUUUUAUAUUGUAGAUAUUGGUGGUCAUUCCGAGUUGUUCUCUCGCUAGCAGUUUUUAACAGCCGUGCAAACGCUAUGCCGCCUCCCACUGGGAGUGUAUUUUAGCUUAGCAGAAGUGCGAACGAAGGGAUCGCAGAGCGGCUACAAAAUAAUUUUGUGCAGUUUCAGAGUAGCUCCAGACCUACUCCUAGCUUGUGAUCACUUCAGACUGUUCAAUUCCUGUUUUGACGUCACGAACACGCCCUGCGUUCGGCCAGCCAUGCCUCCGUUUCCCCAGCCACGCCUGCGUUUUUAUCUGGCACGCCUGCGUUUUUCUGCACACGCCCUGAAAACGGUCAGUUGACACCCAGAAACGCCCACUUCCUGUCAAUCACUCUGUGGCCAGCAGAGCGACUGAAAAGCUUCGCUAGACCUUUUAUGAAACUACAUUGUUUGUUGUAAUAGUACGACGCGCGUGCGCAUUGCACCGCAUGCGCAGACGCGCCGAUUUUUUGCCUGAUCGCUGUGCUGCUUCCGAAAUCUGCUAGCGAACAACUCGGAAUGACCCCCAUUGUUAAAUAAAAUGGUGUCUAAAAAUCUAAAAAAAAUAUUGGAGUUGUAUAUGUAUUUGUGGAACUCGCCGUAGCUUCUAACUCCAACUAGCACAGUAUUUUAUUAGAUAUGCAGUGUUAAAACGUUACACGUGAUGUCUUGCCUAUUUUUUCAUUUCAUGUAUCAUGAAUCAUUAUUGGUCAACUGACCGAGCCGACUGCUAAUGCCAACCAU